AUGGAUUCUGAUUAUCCUCGCCGUGGUCUGGCGGCGAACGAUCGCUCACCAUACUUUGUUCGGCUGGAUAAACCGAGAGCUGUAGACGAUCUUUACAUAGGCAAGAGAGAAAAGAUGCGUAGGUGGUUGUGCUGUGCUUGCCACGUCGAAGAACCUUACCAUUCUUCUGAAAACGAACACUUGAGAAGCCCCAAACACCACAAUGAUUACGGGUACAAUAAAAAAGCACCGGUUGCUUUGAAGCCUGAGGCUUUAAAGGAGCCUCCAUCUAUUGAUGUGCCUGCAUUGUCAUUGGAUGAGCUGAAAGAAAAGACUGAUAAUUUUGGAUCAAAGGCAUUGAUCGGUGAAGGAUCAUACGGAAGAGCCUACUAUGCCACCUUGAAAGAUGGGAAGGCUGUGGCGGUCAAGAAGCUUGAUAACGCAGCUGAGCCUGAAUCAAAUAUCGAGUUCUUGACUCAGGUCUCGAGGGUUUCGAAGCUGAAGCAUGAUAACUUUGUUCAGCUGUGCGGUUACUGCGUUGAAGGGAGUUUCCGUAUUCUUGCUUAUGAGUUCGCCACGAUGGGAUCUUUACAUGACAUCUUGCACGGGAGGAAAGGAGUGCAAGGAGCACAACCAGGUCCAACGCUUGAUUGGAUCCAACGGGUGAGGAUCGCGGUUGAUGCAGCGAGAGGACUCGAGUAUUUGCAUGAGAAAGUUCAGCCUGCGGUUAUACACAGGGAUAUUCGAUCUAGCAAUGUGCUUCUCUUUGAAGACUUCAAGGCCAAGAUUGCUGAUUUUAAUCUGUCGAAUCAGUCUCCUGAUAUGGCUGCUCGUCUUCAUUCUACAAGAGUUUUGGGAACCUUUGGUUACCAUGCACCAGAGUAUGCGAUGACUGGUCAACUGACACAGAAGAGUGAUGUUUAUAGUUUCGGUGUAGUGCUUUUGGAGCUCUUGACUGGUAGAAAACCUGUUGAUCAUACAAUGCCUCGUGGCCAACAAAGUCUUGUCACUUGGGCGACUCCAAGGUUGAGUGAAGACAAAGUGAAGCAAUGUGUUGAUCCAAAACUCAAAGGAGAAUAUCCUCCUAAAGCAGUUGCAAAGCUCGCGGCAGUAGCAGCGUUGUGUGUGCAAUACGAAUCAGAGUUUAGGCCGAACAUGAGCAUUGUGGUAAAAGCUCUACAACCAUUAUUGAGGUCAUCAACACCAGCACCUGUUCCAUCCCUGGAUAUUUGA